GUUUAUACAACCUCGUUAAACAGAUAUUGGAUAUUGGAUAUUAGGAACUGUCACCAACCUCCACCGAAGCACAUUGUCUAUGAACCUUCUGUUGCUACUUCUGAAGCGAAAAUGUAUCUUUGGAAUACCACUUGCUGCGAAAAUUAACAAAACCAUUGGUCCCCUAUAGACACUGCUGAAGACCAAAACCACUGCCACGUCAUUGGAAAAUGAGAUUGUUCAGCGUAUUUUGAAAGAUGCGCAACAUGAUGACGUUUUGUGAGGCUCUGCUAGGUAUUUGCUUGGUAGUUCUGGUAGCUUCUGAACCUGUGGAUAAUGUCAGAUUGGCAGUUUCCAAAGAAAUAUUGAAUGAAGUCGUCUUUGAGGAGAAAGAAAUGACCAUUGCUUACACGAUUUAUAACUUCCAUGAGUCACGAGCUGCGAGAGAUGUUGAACUGUUCGAUGUCUUUUCUGAAACGGAAUUCACACAGAUUCAUGGUAGUCCUUCUGCACGCUGGUCUGUAAUACCUGCUUCUUCCAAUGUUACUCAUGUCUUGGUCCUCGUGCCACGAAUUAGCGGUGUUCACAACUUCUCUAGUGCUACAAUCACUUACAGGUCCAGUGACCCACAAAGGAAUGUCGUAAGUUCCUUUUUUUCUGAUAACGAACUAAAUAUUGCACUUGGUAUCCUGAACUUCUGUUCGUUAGUGUUAUAGAAAUGUUUAUUGACUUCACUUACUAAGAAUUACCGGUUGAAUCCCCUAAGCGCUGGGUAAACUAGUUGUGGACAUUAAUCAAGAUAAGUGAAUAUGUUAUCAAUUUUGAAUAGUAUUCAGAAACGUCAUCAGGAAUAUUGCGACGGUGAUUGCGUUAUUCUGCUCACUAGUUCAAGUAGAAUUUUUGGAUGUCAGUUAACACUAGAUUUCAGUUUAAAGCCUUGUGCAUAUGUACUAAUUGACUAGGCUUUAAACAAACCAUAGUUGUAUUGAUCUUGUAUCUGGUUUCCCUUCCCAUUCAGCGUUUCAUAAAUCCUAAAGAAAGGUUGCGAUGUAUUCUGUUAAUUCUUAACUGCUCAUCUGGGGAUGUGGCUCACGGAUUUCGACAACUUUAAAUGGUGUGACUUUUUUAAAGCUACUACACCCACAGGAAUUUAGCGAUAAAAUGGUACCAUUUCCCCGUAUGCAUUAGGUAUGCUUCACUUUGCCGCCAAUUUGCAUGUGCUUACCAAAUUGUCCUCAAUCGACAUGCACCCAUUAGUUACGAAUAAUCCAUUAAGACCCAGUUACAUCUUCCUCAUUUUCUGAUGGUUGCUUCUUGAUCUUUUUUAUUUCUGAAAGUGAAUUGGAAAUUAUAAAAAGCUGCCUGUGGAUGAGAAUCACUACUAUAUUCUACUGUCUAUCCCACCAAUUCCAUUUUGAAUGAGCUGUUAACAUUUUCAUCUUUAAUAUGACCUUGCAAAAUGAAAACACUACAGUUACUUACUACGGGGUUCUAUACGCUGGGAUUUGACGACUUAUGGUUAUCCAGAUCUAAGUAAGUGGAGCGGUAUUUGAAACUAGAUCCCUUGACGGAAAGUCAAGUGCUUAAACCAAUCCUAUAGUGUAAGCAUCUAGUUGAGAUUGACUUGGAUCUCUAGCAAUGGUCACAGCGAAAAGUUAUCACGAGUUUAAUAUCGAUAUCAGGAAGUGUAAACAAGGGAGAAACAAAAGUGAGGAGGGUAGCUGACGGUUGGUUAAAUGUUGUGUACUACUAGGAGUGUGUGGGUGGUUGGCACUUCCCGGUCGCCCUCAUUGUGGAAUUUGUUUCUGCAAGGUAUCUGAAGCAGGAAGAGGAAUAAUUUUGCGUGACCGCAGAGCUCAUGGGACAUCUGCUUGAAGCAUAUCACAGAUGGACUUUUUAGGAUUUUUGAGUCGAGAUUUCAUUGUGCAAACGCCGAACAAGUAAAACGCAUACCAUCUGCACCAGAACACCUUAGCAGAGAAGAGUGUGUUAUAUUUGGGGCUGACUUUUGUACUCCUCCUCUCCAUAAGGAAGGCAGCACCAACACAGUACUGUUGGUUAUCUGUGCGAAAUACCUUAAUGCCAUGCCGUUCAGUCAGCAGUACGACUCCACCCUAGGACUCCCAUCAUGACGUAGCUGUUUGCGCUAUGUCUGUAACUGCUCUCUGUUUUACUACUAUACAGCAGACCUUUUUGGUAUAGUAGGAUCUCAAGCGAAAGAGCCUCCCAAUCAGUGCCGGUUUUUUAGGUCUCAGGGAUUUACGAGCCCGACCACCACUUCAGCAUAGCAGCUAUCUAUAUGUUACAGUUCUACAAAGACGUCUCUGGUCCAAUAAAAAAGCUAUUUAGCAUUCAAUGACUUUUAUCAAAAUAGGGUCUACCUGUAUUGCACUCUUGAUCCACUUUCAUAAUACCACAACUGACUCUAAUCAAUACAAUGCAUCUGACUCGAUACAUAUAAUUCUCACGUCAUAUCAUUAGUAAUAACAGAGAACUUUUUGAUUGUUUCCAACACCUUACCACUAAAAAUGAGCACAUACAUGGGAUGUUAUUAGUUUCCUACAAGUAAUUUUAAUUUUGUUGAUAUACAAUAGCUUGCAGAAGGCUAAUAUUAGGACAGCAUUGAUCUAUGUAGCCGUUUUUCAUUUGGUUUAUGGAAUAUAAGAAUACAUGAACAGUUAGUUUGGAUUUUCAGGGUUAGGCGUACUAAACCAAGAAGAAAGGACACCGUUUACGAUAUUUGUUUGAUAUGCGUCUAUUAUGAUAGAAACCGUAUUCAAAUCUCUAUUUCUUCUAUGCUUAUCUGAUUUUUACUAGUGGAUGAAUGAAUAAUUCAUUACUGAGUUAGAAAGCACAAUUUUUUUUGUUUUUUACAGCUUUUAUAUUCUUCUGCACCUGGCCUUGUUACGAUCUACAAAGUAAAGGAGUACAACAAGCGUUUCGCUGCCCAUACGGUUAGUGAAAUUUAUAUUUAUGAUGCAGAAUAAGUUGUGUUGGAGCUAGUGAGAAUCCGAAAAUGCUUUUGUUAUCUUCUAUCGAGAUUUGUUGAACUUAGAGAUUGAAUAGCCCUUUUUUAAACAACAUUCUUCAAAUUUUACAUCAGUAAUUUUAUUCAGUUAGGUAUAGGUAGUCUUACUGACCUAGGCGCCUAGACCCUUAACUGACAACAAGUGGAUUGAUAGUCAGAACGAUUUCAUUUAUCACGUUGUAUUACUAACCUUCACAAGGAUUAUGGCUUGUAAUCUAGUGGUUGCUAAUUUUCACUUUUAUUUUGUUUAUAACUUAUGUUACGUGAUAAUUAGGAUAAUUCAAGAGCGAAAAUCAAACUAAGAAUAGCAGUGAGUACCAACAUAGUUAUUAAAGUGAAAAACUGAAAAAAUGUGAAAAUUGUUACAGCAGCACUGAUAGGAUUUGUAGUAUCCUUGUACUAAGAGAUCAAUCUUAAAAUGAGAACUGGAACGAUGUAUGGAACAUUUUGAAGAACAGUUCAAUUGGCCUUCAGCUAAUAUUGUGUUGCCUGUUACAUAGUCGGAUCCUGAAAGGAACACUGAGACAGGCCUUCUGACACUUCUAGGAGCUGAGAGGGCUGUAAGUUACCGUAACCGAGUGACAGCAGGCCUCCAUGGGAUAAUACUGGAGAUAUUUAAGAACGGUAGUCGACGUAAUUGGUUAAAUUAAGAAAAGUGUUUGUUAGCGUAUAGAAAUCAGAUAUGGUUCUGUGCGACUAGUCUCAAUCACUGGUUGUCCCAAUUUUCAAGAGUGAGAACUCUCCUUUGGUAACCACAAGACAAUCCAUGUGGCAAGGGCAGUAUCCUAGAUUCCAUGGCUUCUAUUCUUCAGACAUCUAAGUAAAGCUCGGGAACUUGACAUCAACCACGAUGUUGAGAUCAGGUAGGUUCCAGACCUAAUCGUGAGUGUAUCGACCAGAUAUUCACCCUCUACUGGGUACUGGACAUUUAUCGGUGCUUGGAGCUAGCUGUAUUUCUAUGGCGUGAAAGUGAGUUUUUCGUAUCUUCAAUUGCCAACAACUGUGUUUAUAGACAUUGUGUUGUAUAGUAGACAACUUUUAGUAAGCUUUUGGAUAUUUGGCUUGAGCUAUAGGCAGAACUAGCUAACUAAGGGUUUAUAUGGGCUCUGGAUUUCCCUCUGGUUACUCAUCCAAUACCCCAUGACUUUUGUAAUUAGUCAGGUAGGUCAGUGGAUUCAGCCACUUUAGCCUCUGCGAAAUGAGAGUAGUCUAGAAGUGCCAUUUUGAAACACUCCAUACUUUUUCAACUUUAUGCUCAGUUGAUUCCGUUUUAGCCAUCUAAGCCUAACUGAACUAUGUUGUUAGCCUACUGUAAGUGGAUUGGUAAACAAUGUGGGACGUAGUGUAAAUUCUUUCUAAAAGUCAUGUAACAUGUUUCAUUGCUUUAGGAUUGUGUGUUCUAAAAUCUCAAUAUGUCUGUGGUUCGAACUGAAAAUUUACCCGCCUUUCACAGAUUCACUCUCCACUAAGUCUAUCUUAAAGUCGAUCGAUUAUGAGUAGAAUGUAUCAAAAACUGCAUUAUUUUAGCUGGUUUUUUCUUCAUCUUAGGUGAAUAUUCCCCCUUUUCUACUAGCAAUUUACUGCCGAAAUUCUCUCAGUUACUACUCUUCAGAUAGAUAUCCCAAUCAGUCCAACUUUUAAUUUAAAGCUGGCAUAAUAAGAGAUUUCCGAUCAAGCAUCAAAUCAGAAUAGGUUUCUAUUACCUACUUCGGGUUUUUUUCAAUUCAUAUGUAUUUUCUGUGAAAGUUGGAGGAUAGAGAUCACUGAGUGACUCGACUGAUUGUAGCAACGUUUGCUUAUUAGCAAUGACUAAGAUCUUCUUAAGAUUAAUAAUUUAUUUCCCAAAAUAUUUCCAAAAACUACUUCGUGAAAUAUUUUCUUAAGAAAUAACCUAAACUGGCUACUGGGUCAGUAUUCAGUGGUUCAAAUUUCCUACUUACAUCAGUUCACGCUAUAGCGUGACCUCCAUCCAUGUUGUCGUUGAGUAACUGUCCUCAUGUUCGACUUAGUUGACUCUACUAGUCAUGAUUUCUCAUUGGAAAUUCGGGAAUCACCUCUCGAAGCUAGUCACCAAUGAGCACCAGAUAAAUUCAAUCUGGAUGUUUGUGGAGAUUUAUUAAUUGAUUUCAGAUUGGAAUUCAUCGUGGACUGAUAUCAGUUGGAGGAGCAUCGGGAAGUGAACAGCUGUUUCUGUCUAGUAUGGGACUCCUCAGCAGUGCUCACCCAUGACCACACGAGGAAUAUCAGUCCAUGAUAAAUUUCAAUUAAUAAAUCUUCACAAACCUCAAAAUUGAAAUAACCUAAGCAUAGAAAUUUAACUUCCGAUAUGUAUAUUAUAUCUAUACUUUAUGGGUUAGUUUUUGCAUAAUUCUAGUCUGAGCACUGAGGAUUGACAAGUAGACUUCGGUUAACACUACUGACACUUCAGUUGUAUCAGUCCCCAAUUCGUUUAUGAUUGGUCUUCGUUUUACCGUGGUUCAGUGGUUGCUUGUUGUUAGUUAGAUGGGGGCAAUCACUCUGAACCUAAGUUUCGUGGUUUUCGUAAGAAAGGGGUGUCUGCAACGUGAUCGGAGUUGAUGUCCCGUCUGAGAUUGGAACCCGCGUCAUCCAGUAUUGCAGUUGAUGUUAUCACUGAGCUAUUCAGACCGUGAUUAACCUCCUAUGGGGCUGAGUUAGGUACAUAGAUUGUUUACUGGAGGGUAACCGACUUCAUGUAGUCUAGCCCUAUGUGCUGACAAUCCUAUCGAUGCUGUUCCACUUUUUAAAGUUGUCAUGUAAUGCAUAUAUGUAUAAAUGUAUCUAAUGUAUACCCCUUUUCACCUUUUUUUCAAACAGAUGGAGUGGAUUGGCUUUGCUUUAAUUGUUACGCCCUGUUUAUUGAUUCCAUACAUGUCGUGGUAUUCUAGUGCAUCAAAAUACUAACAGUUUAUUCUAUGUCUUUUCAUUUGUAUAUUUUUCUCUACUGGGCUUUUUCUUCGUAUUUUCGCUUCUUUGUAUCAAUUGUAUGUCUAUGUUCUUAUGUACAUAGAAUAAGGAAAGAGUAAAAAUUCAAAUAAAAGUAGAUGUUAGAUUUGUUUACUCAGGAAGAGUAGGCUUAUGUGUAUGCCUUCUAAUUAAUACUUCUUGUUGAAUGGAAUUUGCGUAAGUUAUCCGACUUGAAUGUGGCAUACUUCCAUCUCAUUUUCGUUAUGAAAAGGUGUUUCGUAUGUACCGGGUGAAUUUCAAUACAAGAAAACUAUUCUUUGGAAUUAAUGGAUUCGCUAGCAUAGCAUUUGAACUAACAAAUCCGGAAAGAUUUACCUGACUAGUUCAGCGCAAUACCGUAACACAGUCACAUACUAAUUGAAUACAUACAGCAAAAUGGAAGUUUGACUGUGUAUCUUCAUUCGCCUUUUCAUGAUUAGAUGAUGAGUUCGGUUUUUUUACUACUGACACUAAUUGAUGUGAGUAUAAAUCUCCUACUCAAAAAACUAACCUGGUAUAUGUAAAGAGUGUUGUCUGACUGUGGAAUAACCUACGACUGGUUCAAACCAUGUUUUAGCCAAAUGAUGUCUGGUAAUAGAAGUGCAAAGGGAGAUGUAGAUCCUACAACCGAAUAGUAUGUAGUAUAUGAGUGCUUGUUGUGGUAAUUUUUACCUUUUUUAAUCCUUUUAGUUGUCUUGUGUUGUAGUUUUUUGAUUACAAACAGGCGUUAAAAAUAGUUAAGUGCUGAUUAUUUGAGUGUAAAUAAAUGGAAUAAGCUUUUUCCAGCCUUGUUCUUCAUCGUAGUUGGUCGAUUUGUGAUAGUACCCUGGAUUUUUCAAGCCAACAGUUAGGGACUUCAUAAAGUCUUACCUAGUUUUAGUCUGACGUUUAGCCCUUUCCUAGCCUUAUCCAAUUUCAGCUAACAUCAUGCUGAAGUAGAAUUAGACAGAACUCAACCUCAGUGGUUAAUCUUGAAGGUAAUUCGUAAUUAUUUCUGUUUAAAUGGCCGAAGAACUGUUGACAAUUGCUCGGCAGAUGACAUUUUAGGAAUUUUCCUGGUGCGAACUUGACAGACGCGAAGGCCAAUCACUAAUUAUUCGAACUUGUUAUAUACCCAAAAAUACAAGACCAAGAAAGAACACAAUAGCGUAGUCGGAUGAAACAGUAUAUUUGCGAGGUCGUGCCAAGAUACCGAUGCGUUUCGACUAACUGCGUCGAUUACGAUCAGUGCAACGUAACACGACAGCGUGCCGAAUGGCGUGAAUGCUUGAAUGGGUGCCUUCAGCUUAGCGAAUCCUGUAAAACUAUGAAGGUCAGCGUCAAUGUUGAAUCUCGUCGAACCCUAGGCUAUUGGUUCUGAAGAAGUGUGUGACGCUACAGAUCACUCCCCCUUGUGGGUUCGUGAGGACCCUAGUGGUUUCUCUACUGGUAAAACUCUUCCGAUGGGCUCACUGCGAGAAGUUGCCCCUGGUUGUCUGAACUUAUUCUAGGGUGUCGUGGCGAAUGAAAAAAUAAAAUACAAUAAAUCGGAUUGUACGUCUAUCGCCCUUACAGUUAAAGCCAAUCAUCGACCUGAGUCAUAUUUCGCUUCGUUGUUAUUUUCAUCUCGCUGUAGAUGGCAGGAUGUAAAUAUUUCCGGUGCGUACAGCUCCUCAUGUAUAUAAAAACUGUCCUUCGAUCUGAGAAUGUUUGGUCUCCGUGAAAUUGUUUGGCAGAAAAUGCUUCAACAAUACUGGGUCUCAGCGAGUUUAUUUGAAGAUUGUGGCUUGACAAAUUCUAAAACAAUUGAAGGUUCUCAGGCACAUUUUGAUUAUAUUCCCGUGUCUGUUAUAUGUAGUCGUCGAUAAAUGAAAGUAUAUUUCGUAAUACUUAGGAUGAGUUGUUGGUGUUCAGAUGUAAAUCAGCAAGUUGCGGUUUACAAUUCCUGUGUGUCAGGGUUUGGUCAGUCAGUUCGUAUCGAUAACUUUCAAGUAGGUGUGGCUGUAUGAGUGAGUACAUGGUUGAGUAUCAUUGCUCAGUUGUAUUUCGUUUCAUCUUAAAGGGCAUAUGGAAAUGGUUCCACACCAUCUGUAAAGUCAUGUGACUUGGUUUUAUCGGUGUCAAUAUCUCCCAUUUUAUCUACAUGUCUGUAGUGAAUUCUUUUCGAAGUUGUUACUGCCUGUCGUGAAGUCAUCAGUUUUGCAGAAAAUCAGAUUGUUGAUGAGAUAGUUCUGGCUUUGCAGACGGAUACUAUUAUUUUUAUGGGGAUCCAAUAAAAACGUGCGUCGUGGUAACCUUGGGUUGCCGCCCUGAUGCUCUAUCAGCUGAGGCACAAGACACGGCUGGUGACUAACUGAACCACGACUUUCCGAAACUAUCCCAUUAAUAAGCAAUACGAUGCUACAUCAGACCAGUAAUCUAGAUUCCACUGAUUUGAGUCCUCUUGGGACGCACGACCUCAGUUAUCACCGCUUAAAUGUCAAAAUCUUGUAUUCAGAUGAAAGUGCAGCACUCUUUAUACAUUGAGCAAAAUCAGAUUUCAGUCGGAACAAGGUUUUAAAUACCAAUACUCAGUAUUUUAUUGAGAUAUAUAACCAGCUCUCAAUGCAGGUGAUACCGAAGAUUUAAUUCAUAUAAUAGAUAUCUGGAUGCCUAACCUGGGGUAAAAACACAUGGGACGGCAUUAGAACUAUAAAAAUCAAAUCAGAGAAUUGGAUAAGAUGCAGUGUAACUGAGCCACAGUGUACCAAACUGUGUAGUUAACGAUAGCUGCACUUAAAUCUGCAGAAUGGAAGAUUCUCGAUUUUCUUCGACACUGAAAGGUUCAUGAUUAUAGGCCACUGUCGUUGUGUAAAUACUACUCACUUCUACAUGUAAUAAUGAAUAACUGACUAAUUCAGUCAUUUACUCACAAUCGACAUAAGUUAGAUGACGUGAGAAUGCUAGGUUUGUUUUUCCGAAAAAAGGUAAAUUUGUACAAGAGCAAAUAUUUAAGUUGUUAUUUUGUAUAACUAUCAGGUUCCAGAUCUGGUAUAGAAAUAUUGUGUUGUAUCAAUGUUCAACAGUGAGUCAAUUGCACCAUGGUACCGUAUCAUAAAGUAUCAAUCGUUAAGCAUUGAACUAUGGUUGAAGACGAGAUAUCAUGCGUCUUGUACAAGAAAGAAUGGGUAACGUUUACUCUUCUGUCCUUUAUGGCAAUGCAUUCUGUGAGACAACACUGUUCAAAGCGGAAUAUCAGAAAGCACGUUUUAGCAAUUAAAGCUUGUAGUGAACUACGAAAACUGUUGGAUACAGACCAGCUUUUCAUGUAAUCCAUAUUCGUUUAUAGGCUUGUUAAUCUGGAUUAACCGAGGCCAAUGUCAAUUGGGAUUUGAAUGAGCUUGGAUGUAGUUGUUACUACGUAUGGCCCUGCUUAUAUUCAUAGUUCUUUAUCACUACUUAUUUAAUACACUUUACAGAAAAUAGGUGGUGCUUGGUUCAUUUUUUGAGAAUCCCAAAGACCAGGAUAUUCUGGCCCACUGAUAGUGUGGAUCAGGCGGAGGAGAUGUGGAUUAGUAUGUCAGAAGCGUAAGUUCGUGUAAGUAUUCGAGCUAUCGCAAAUAGCUUAAUGAUGAAGGAGUCAGCUGUCCUGUCAUUUCACAUCCCGAAAGUUUCUGAUUCUGGACAGUACCCGCCGAUCAAACUCCCUGCUUCGUGGAAUGUGAGCAUAUCAGCCUGACAGGAGCAAUAUUAGAAGCUCGAUUCGACAUACAGAUGGGAUUAGUAGUUGAGUUCCUUGAGUAAGGUUAUAGCGUACUAGGUUUUGAAUUAGCUUUCUAAUCAACCUGAGUUAUUAUCCCCGUAUAAUUUCACAAAUUGUCAACUCAACCUUUCAGUCGUAGCAGAUAAUUUUAUGGACAGCUGGGAACGUAUAGCACAUUUGUUCCUACCCGAAAAGUGUGAUAUAGAUAUGUAGGUGGCAUAUAUACUGUGUUGUAAUCCGGACAAAUUUAAAGCUUUUUCAGACACAAACUCCAUGGUAGAUGGGAUACAGUUUACUUCUGAGUUAGAGGAUAAACAAGAAGAAUUAACAAAGUUAGAUGGU